AUGUCACAAGAAAAAAAUAUACAACCAAAUUAUGAGGAACUAAUUCCUAAAUACUUUGAAGAUGUACACUCUAGAAGAAAAUAUUCUACUAAUACUGUCUCAAAAAUAACAAAUAAUUCAACAGACUCCGAAUAUGGAAAACUGACAUCUGCUUCGUUAAUAGAGGAAUCCAAAAACCUUGAUCGUAUAAUAAUCGCUCUGGAAAAUGUAGAUAAAACAUUGAAAAAUGCUAUACCAAGUCAUUUAAAUCGAAUCAAUGAGGUUUGCCGCUCCACUAAUUUUAUCUUAGAUACUUGGAUCGAUAUUCAAAAUAAUGCAGGAUCAAUACACAAAUUAAUGAACAAUAAGGAUUAUAUAGAACUAAUACAGCGUACACCCUCUAAUUCGAGUCAAUCUGCAACUUUAGAUGAAGCUAUUGAACAAGAGAAGAGGGAAAUUGAAGAACUAAAGACAAAAAUUGAUCUAGAAAAGCAAAAACAAAGUUCAAUGAAUCAACAAAGGAAACCAGCACCAACAUCAACUUCAAGAUAUGUUCCAUCAUAUGCACGGAGCAUAUCUCGUUCAUCAGCCAACCGUGAUCUCAAUGCUAAUCAAAACAACUCUUCCAGCAGAUCUAGAAACCGUUCCUCAGGUAUACCUAACGCGCCUAAUAGAAUCCAAAAGCCGCCUUAUGGAUCUUCUAGAAAGAUGUUCAGAUGA